AUGAAUGUGCGGUUGCCCAAGACUGUCAAGGAGCUUUACACUUUGGUGGACAACUGCACUCGGGUGGAGGAGGGAAGAAAAUUCCCUGGGGAGGAAGAUUGCAUCGACAUUGACUCAGAGGAUGAUGAUGAGUCCACCAGUCAGAGGAAGAAGAAUAAGAAGCACAACAAGUGGCGCAAGGAUAAGGCAGUGUUGCCCGUUGAGGGAUCAAGCACACCAAGUACCGGCAAGAAGGCAAAGGCCGAAGCCCCCAGCAAGGAAGCUGCCGCGUGCGCUGACUGCAUGGAGGCUGCGGCUGCCGAGAAAGCUGGGAAAGGCGAUGGGCCGUACUACAAUAUCCAUUGGACCAAAGGCCACGAUCUCCAAGAGUGUCAUCAGGUUGAGCAGCUCUUCAAGAGGCAGGGGGCUGAAUAUAAGAAGCGUGAUAAGGAAAAAGGCUCUAGUCCUAAUGAGAGCUAUGAUGAGGGCAGCAUGAGCACUCCAAGCAACUUGCCAAAGGCUGCCACCAGGACAAAGAACAAGAGAACCUCAAAAAGUGAGGAUGAAGAUUUUGUUGCAGAUGAGGCCACUUCCAAGAAGAAGGCAAUACUCAGAAAGGAGUAUGCCUCUGCAGCUACCACUAGGCCAGGUGCCAAGAAAACUACUGUGAGGAGAGUCCCAACAUCAAAACCUCAGAAAACCUCAGAUCCACAAGAUACAAUGACCUUCACACUGGAAGAACCAAGUGAUGAAGAAGGUGAUGCCAGCAAGAAAAAGAAGAGGGCUAGAAAGACCACUGCCACAGUUAUUGGCGGACCUUCUAUGAGAGAAGAUGACCAGGAAAAGGAGGAGGAAGAGCAUGUUGAAGCACCCCCAGCUAAGGCACAGAAACUCAUGGCAGAUGUUAUGAAUUCAUCUGUGGCUCCCUCCAAGCCUAUGUCAAAGCCCAAGAGGUCAACAAGAAACAUUCUAGUUGCUGAGAAGAACAAGGCCCUAGUGCCCGAAGUUCAAGAUGCUGAUGAGCCACUAGUGCUCAGGAUGAUCAAUCACAAGAUCCCAGACCAUGAUAAUGCACACCCUGUUGCAUAA